AGAGAGAGAGAGAGAGAGAAGAGGGGUGGGGAGGCAGGAGAAAGGAAAGACCAGGGGGUGCGCGGACACAGAGGGAACAGGAAGAAGGAGAGAGACAGAGGGAGACCGACGUGCUACGACAUGUGUCCGUGCUGAGUAUCGUGUCCCCGACACCGUGUGCCGACGUACGAGGGUGCGUCUUAAGGCAGGGUCACCGGGAGAGGGGGUGCGGAUGACAGACGGACGGAGAAAAAGAUAGAGAGAAAAUUCUCGUCGACCCCUUCGUGCCGUGUUCUUCGGGGCUCUCUCUCUCCCACGUCGUCGUCUACGCGGGACCACCGAUGCAGACCUUACGGAAAAAAAACAGUCCUUGCAAGUUCAAGAAUGACCCAACCCGCUUUCUUGGGGAGGGCGUGUCGUUCAAGGCGAAGCUGAUCGGUAUUUUGGAGGUGACGGAAGCACGCGGUGACCGGAUGUGCCAGACGGCCUUGGCUGAGCUGAAGAUGGCGAUUCGCGCCGCCGGUGAGCACAAGCAACGAAUCGCCGUUCAGGUCAGCAUAGAUGGGCUUCGUUUGAGGGACGAAAAGACGGGGGACUGCCUGUAUCAUCAUCCGGUACAUAAAAUAUCAUUUAUCGCGCAAGAUAUGAGCGAUUCGAGAGCCUUCGGAUAUAUUUUCGGAUCACCGGAUACUGGACAUCGAUUCUUCGGCAUUAAGACUGAUAAGGCGGCGAGCCAGGUGGUGAUAGCGAUGCGGGACUUGUUCCAAGUAGUGUUCGAGCUGAAGAAGAAAGAGAUUGAACUGGCGAAACAGCACAUAGAGCAGAAUGCCAUUAAUGCGAUUAAAUUCCACACCGGCGGUAUUUUCGUUGAAUCGGCACCCGACACCAAGGGCGCAGCGGGCACCGAGUCAUCGUUUCAUCGAAUUCGCACGACUAACUGCGAGGUCGACAAAACCGCCGAUCGCAAGAACGAGACACAGAGCGGUGUGAUUGCGGAUUUGCUAGAUCUCCAGUUCGAACUGAAUUCGCUGCAGCAGGGCAUUCAUCAGAUGGACAAAAUUACGCCAGAAAAUCCCAUACCGUCUACCGACGAUCUAUUCGAGACCGAUCCGUUCGGUGAUUCUUUCGCGAACAUGAAGCUGCAGGACACGGUUCGUCCAAUUCUGCCACCGCCACCCUCCUCGACCAAGAGAGGGCAUUUAGAAAGACAGCAUACCGUACCAGUACCGCCCGCAUCGACUACUUCCAGUCCGGCGACGACGUUAGUUAGUAAAACGCCACCACCACAGAGCACGAUUCACUGGUUCGACAAAGAGGCUGAGGAUCUUUUCAACGACAGUGAGAUGACAAGUCUAAGUAAAAAUUCAACGACGAAGAAGGAUCCGGAAGAUAGCUCAGUGGAGACUACGCCUCGUAACAGUCAAACAAAAAGUCCGCAGAUCGACGUGUUCACGGAACUGGAUCCCCUGGGUACCGGUCUGAUUAAGCCUUACGUAGACAAGAAGGAUUUCUUCCAGCACUUGAAAAAUCCACCGAAAAAAGUCCUCAAAGAUUUGGUGUCAACGAAUUCCAGCGAUAGUUUUCCAACGAAUUUCAACAUCACAACCAGUACGGAAUGCAUAGAGUCGACGAAAACGCAAAAUGAAUUAUCGUCAAGGGACAGCGAGGACAAUAACUUCGCCAAUUUCGAUCGAUUCGAUGAGAACGAGGCGAGCCAAUCCUCCUCCCAGCAGAGAAUCGAAUCGCCGCCGAAAAAAGAGACAACCUCCCGCUCGAUACAUCAUCAGCCUCUCUCGGUGUGUUUGCCACCGGAGGAAUCGACGUUAUCUAAAGGAUCGGCUACCGCUUCGGGAGGAAGCUCGAUCCUUCGUAGUAUGGACAGAGACUCGACGGAAUCAACACAGGGGUUGGUGAAGCUACCCAGUCCGAAGAAGUAUCUUCAAUCAGUACGGAAGAGGGACUUCGACAUCGAUUUACCGGCCGGAAAAACGCAGUCUUUGGAAUCCAACAAACAGUUCCCGGUGGAUUUCUCGAUGACAAACGAAUCACCGGCAUCGCCACUGCGGUCUUGUUCAUCGGACGCAAACUCGCGUCUUUCUAGCUCGAGCGCGGAAUUGGAUCUGGUGCCGGAACCACCGCCUAGGGGCACGGGAAGUAUUCUUAUUAACCCGCCGCCUUUACCACCGAAGAAGCAGGGAGUUCGAGGGGGCGCGAGGCCACCGCCUAGACCGCCACACACGGAGGGACAUUUCCAGUACGACUUUCCACAGCGUGAGACCUCGCCGUCACCCACCAAAAUUGUUAGGGAUAAAAACAAAAGUCCGCCGAGAGAUAUCAAAGGUCAUCAGUUUGACGACAAUUUCAGUCCGUCUGCGCAAAUAUCCGAUAGAUCGGACUUUACGGCGACCACUACCUCCGCCUUCGAGGAUUCGUUCAGCACGAUAAUAUCAUCCACAACAUCGUUAUCGUCCGUGCCCUUUACUACCAGCAGCACCAGCGUCCCGGUUACGGACUCCAAAAAGAUGAAACCGCCGCUGGAUAUCACGCUCAGUCAGCUGACAUCAUCGUGGACGAAUCUGGAUGAGUUGGCCUCCAGUCUUAGCAUGACCGUUCAGCAGCUGACGAGUCUGACUUUGACGCAACUCACGCAAUGCUUGGCGAGUCUUUCGGCAAAAGAAACUAUCGCUGAUGCAGAGGAAACUCCGUCAAUAACGACAACGUCGAUGUCGACAUCGAUAAAGGAGCAAACAGUGGUUCCAUCUAAAUCAGUGACCUCGUCGCUGUCGUCGUUGGCAUCAAAGUCGCUUGAGAUGACGAUUGGAUCGAAUUCGACUUCUUUCGUGUGCUCGGAAUCUUUCAAAACCAAUUACGAACCGGAAACAAAACAGGAUUCUACGUAUGACAAGUACGCAGUUUUUCGAGAAUUACUGGAAAUGGAGCAGAUGGAACGGAAGGAAGAAGAGAUCGAAGAGCCAACUGAGAAUAACGAAGAGUUUAAUAAAAACGAACAAGAUUCCGACGAAGUUCAAAUUCAACCAGAUGUACCAACCAGUGAGAGUACUUCGAAUUCUAUAGCUUCGUUGGUGAAUUUAACCGUCAAGCUACCAGUUAAAAAUGAAAACUUGUUGAAAGAAGGGCCUGCAACGAAAUCAGACGAAACAGUAACUAGCUCCCUUGUAAAUUUAACAACAGAAAAAUCGAUAGAAGUCGAAGACAAAGAAAUCGAGAAGGAAAGCGACGUGAUUGCAGAUGCAGAUGUCACAUCCGAUUCGUCUACGGUCCAGCCAACAGAAAUAGACAUCGACGACGAUAAGGAGAAGACGCAGACUAUCAUGGAUGCGGAAGAUAGACCAGAAAAUUCCGAAAAAGGGAGCGACGCCAAUGGCACUUUGUCUGAUAAAAUCGGAUCCGAUAUUUUCAACGAUGAGAUGAAUGGCUCAUCCGUGGCUGAGAGAUCCUCGAUGGAGGUAAAAUCCUCGAUUUCCACAUCAAGCGACAGAUACGCUGCUCUACGGGAGAUCAUCGGCGAACCAGAGCCGGUGCCGAUGAUCAAGAAGGACGACGAGGAGAUAUUGAGCUCCGCCCGAGCAUCACCGGUGGUGCAAUCUCAGCAACAAAUUCAGCAGUCGAGAAGCCUGGCGGAGGUAGAAUUAUUGAAUUUGUUUUCCGACAGUCUGCCACCACCAGCGAGCUCGAAUAUCUCGGCUAAGAAGGAUUCGGAAGAUUUGAAGGCUGUAGCGAUGGACAUUUUUGAAGAGAUUAAAAUGUUGAACACCGGCACACAUCGCGCCAAGGAGACCAAGCCAUUGGCUUCGUCCUCGGGCUUUGAGGACAUGUUUUGUCCGUUCGGGGAGACGACGCGAUCGGACAAGGAUGACAAUAAGGAAGACACUAAUUGGGCCAAGUUCGACACGGGCGUCUUUUGCUCGUCCGAUAGAUCUUCGUGCGAGGGACAGCGAUCGAUAGGCGGUACUUCGCCAUGGUCACCAGACGGCAAAGAUUUCCAUAGAGAGAUUUCGUUCAAGGGAAACAGCGGUUACCGACACUCGGGCGACAGCGAUAACGAAUGGAAAGACGAGGAGGAGAGCGAAGAGAGCAACGGCAGGUUACGAGGGGACGGUAGAUACUGGUCCCGGCAUCCGCGAUUCGAUGCACCCGGUUUUGAAGAUAGAUCGUUUUAUGAGGAUACCGACAAACGGGACCGCAGCUUUCGCGACAGGAUGGGCAGAAAAUCGCGCGGUGCACCGUGGACAAAGAGUGCCGCUCAUCGUCCGCGCGACCCGUCACCCUGGUACGAGGAAGGUCAAUGGGAAGACGACGGUCCGCGGCGGUAUCCACAUCGAAAAGUGCAGCCCUACAAGGACGACGAGGAUCAAUACGAAACGCAUUGGAAAUGUCGGUCGAAGCCGCCGCCGUCACAGCGGUGUAAUUGGAGUCAUGACGUUCACGGUUCGUACUACGAUGAUGAGCGUAAGCGAAAGCUGAUGCUGUGGAACGACGAAGAUCGUUUCGGUAGCAGCCAAGAGAGCAUGGGUUAUGACGAGGAAGAUCGAUGGAGUAGAAGAAGGUACGAGAGAAGACGAUGGGAGGAAGAUAACAGAUUCUGGGGUAGAAGAGGGCCUCCAGACGCCGAUUAUGCUUUAAGAGAAUCACUCUAUUAUUCACUAUAUCGCGAUAGCAGAGACAGACCUCACGAUUAUCCGUCCUGGGACGAGGAGUACGGUCCGGAACGUCCGGGCGACGACUCGCCCAGAUACAAUCCGGCGGGUAGGAAGAGACAUUGGCCGAAGAGACCCAACAGCGCAAACGACGGCCGUAACAACGAUAUGGUGUACGCAGAACCACGCAAAUUCGGCGCCUCCAGGUCCGAGUGCAGCGACAAUGAUUCCGAUCCGUAUCUACGACCCUCUCAACGUUCUAGGAGUCGCGAGAGCUACUGGGGUAGCGAUCAGGAAUACGAUAGCUGGGUAGAGCGACCGUACUGGUCCGAAGGUCCCGAUUCAAAGAGUGAGACGAUGCACCGCAAGCGAAUAGCCAGGCACAAGACUCGACAGGUGCAAAAGACGCAGAGUCCGUUCGAGGACGAUUUCGCACAAAGCGUUGAGCACAUGGAACCGUCUGGUCCAAGCGGCGCGAUAGAACCGCUGGCACCGGUGGAUGUGCGCAUACGACUGGAUACGGCUGACCAAAAGCGGGAGCCGCCGCCUGCGAGUCCCUCGUCCGGUAUCAGAGGUCCGAAGGAUCAUCCUAGGCGAGAUAUCCCCGUUCGGGAAUACAACAAACGAUCGAGCUACUUCGAGGAUGAUCUCACACCCACGGCGAGCGCAUCCAGUGACACGUCCGACCGACAGAGGUUGUCGUCCGAACUCAAAGCCACGCCAGAGGAGCUGCCGUGCGAUACCAAGGAUCCACAGCAGUCCAUCGAUGGCUUCGUCUCCGAGGAUAGCGGUCGUGAUUCCUUCUUCAAUGGCGAUCUGAGGUUCGACGACGACGCCUUCGUCUUCAAGUCCGAACUGGAUGACAACGUGCCGGACCACCGUGCGACUACGUUGCCGCUGAAGAAUUCGAGACAGGGAAAAUACGGGCCAGGGAAUAAUAAUAACAAUAAUAAGACGGCUAGGGGUGAUCAGUAUAUCCGGAAAUCGGAAUCGGUGAAUAUCUUCGCGAGGGAGAGCGACCCGUUCGACGGCGACGAUUUCUUCAAUUGAUCUAUCGAGCGAACGACAGUAAGGGUCGCUAAAACCCCGCGCUAAGUUCGGUGACACUAAUGUGGACUAGAUAAUUGGAACUUGGAUUUAAAAAAAUGAGAAGAAAAGAGAAAAAAGGAGAACAAAAGGACGGUUUUCAUUGCACACUCGAAAAACGUCGGCGGAUCGUGAAAAACGGUGGAAUCCAACGCUACAACGAUACUUGGUUCUCCUCUAGUCGGAACUCGGCUAUAGCAAUUUUAACGUAGUAAAAUUGAAGAAAGAGCUUUGAAUGCAACUUGAACAUAUCCGAAAAAGUGUUGUAGCGAUAUUUUUCUGCGCUUCUCUCAUUUCACAAAAUUCUUCUAAAAAUCUAUUCUUGUUCGACUGUGAGAAAGCGCAAUUCUUCGUUUCACGUAACUAACAAUUUUCUUAUAAUUUAUCUUUUACAUUAAUUUACAUAUGCCCGUACUUCUCGACAGAAUUAAGUCGUCUUGAAGAAAAGGGUGAAAUGUCCAAAAAUUAAUCAUUUUUAAUCUUGUUUUUUUUUUUUUUUUUUUUUUUAAGUAGAGAAAAAGAAAUUUUUAGGCAUA